UGCCUAGUCAGAAAAAAAGGUUAAAUGGGGUUAACCGGGUACAAUCAUUGACAGCUGAUGAAAAAGCUGCUACUUUUGAAAGAGCCAGUGCUGCUUUAAAACCUGAUAGUCCAUUUUUCAUGGUUGCUAUGCAGCCAUAAUAUGUUUAUCCUGGAUGUAGAUUGGUAAGCAUUCAAUUGAAACUCUUCUAGACCAUGAAAGUCAUUUUUCAUGUUUUAAUAUUUUUUGUAUUAGUCCUUUUUUAGUUAUUUUCCUUUAAUGUGCUUUCUGUAGCCUAUACCAAAAAGCUUUGCUCAGAAAUAUUUCAAGAAUGAUCAUGGUGAUGCCGUCCUCUGUGUUUUGGAUGGGAGAACUUGGCCUGUUAAGUACUUUGUCUACCCAGGUAAUGGGAAAGCCAAGACACAAAUCCGCAGUGGUUGGAACAAAUUUACGUGGGACAAUUAUUUGGAAGUUAGUGAUGUUUGCGUCUUUGAACUGACUAAAUGCAUUGAAAUGUCAUUCAAAGUAAUCGUUGUCAGAGCUAAUAAAGACGACAGCCAUCGCUUGGCUGUAGCCAACCAAGCCAAACCCAAAAGAAGCGUGCUGAUUGAUAUUGAUCCUGAGUUCCCUAGAGAUGGUGAAGAUGGCACGUCAAGUUCACACCAUAAAUAUGGAACCAAAGAAAAAGGGCGAAAAAGUGAAGAAGACGACAGCCUUCCUCCAGAGAAGAAGAUUAAGAACUCCUUGCCUCACAAGAUGGCUAACAAUUCAAGAAAAGAUGCUGGAAGCGGUUUGAAGACAAAAAGAUUGGCUCCACUUUCUGCAAUUGAAAAAGAAAAGGCUCUUCGCAGAGCUUAUGCUUUCAAAUCUGAGAACCCCUUUUUUUUCAUAGCCAUACAACCAGCAUAUGUUUGCAGUGGAGCUAAUAUGGUAUGCUUUCAAAACCGUGCAGUUCAUCAACCAGCACAAGUUGCACGCGCUCAUUUCUUUUGCUUAAAUUUGGAUAGAUAUAGAAAGAAGUUAAGGGAGAGUUGCCUCCCUUUCUGUUCAAGAAUAUAUAUUUUUGGUUCUCACUCCUUUUAUUGGAAUAACGGUAUCUUUCUUUAUGUCCUUUUACUUUCUUUCAAUUAAUCAUGGCAGAGUAUACCAUUCAAGUUUGCUGAUAGAUAUUUUAAGGAGAAGAAUGGUGAAGUUAUCCUUCAGGUUUCAAAAGAUCCAAAGCUGUGGUAAGCAAUGUAAGCUAGCUGUAUGCAGCAUGCAUCAUUAAGCUGUGAGCAAAGAGGCACUCUCAUGCAAAUUAAGUGAGUUUCAUCGACUGGACCUUCUAGCAAAUACUCCAGUUUCACAGAAUAUCUUUAGAAAAGAGGUUCAUUGCUCUGUAUGCAUUAAAGAGUAAAGAGAAUCCUUGAGAUUCAAAAGAAAGUUUCUACAAAGCACCUUGACAGAGCUCUCAAAGUACACACUGACAGCUCCACACCGUAAAAAUUGGAUUGGAGAGCUACUUUUGGUCUGGGAUUCUAUUAGCCUGCUACAGAAGCGCACAUACUGUGGGUGUGAUUAAGGAUGAACCGAUUUACUCCUAACAGACACACGUUAAACUCUAUAAUUAUUGGCUCCUUUUGAUGCUUCCUUCUCGCUUGAGCCACGUUCAUUAGCAAUUAAAGUAGCGGCGACCAUUGUUGCUUGUUAGGAGCUGUUGCAAAUGGCUUCUUCUAGCAAAACA